CGCGACUGCGUGGACUUAUAAGUGCGCAAUUUUCGCGGGGAGCUUCAGUGCAAACGGCCUGACUGAAAAGCGCGUGUGACUCAAAUUCAUCGGAAUAAGAUGCGUGUGUGUGUGUGUGUGCUUUUUUUACGCAUAUAAUCUUUUACUGGAGGAAUUUACUUGCGCAUUUUCUUUUCUUGCGCGUCCGAUAGCCUGCCACGAAGUCGCCUCGAAAUUGAGACAGAUGUGAGAGAAAUGAAAUCAUGUGUCUUUCGAAACGGUGACAGGGAAAAGUUGCACGGGGGGCAUCGUGGAGGAGGAGUUCUUUGCGACCAAACAAGUAACGGAUUUUCUCUUAUAAAAAAGGAAAAUUGAGUCCCGACCGCUCCAUGAAUCCGAGUCCUCGUUGUGCAGCAGAUCCAAGCAGAUGUGAUCACACAUAGUCAAGAACCUGCGACCAUCCGUCCCAUUCCCAUCUGCGGGUCUGAAGCAGGAAGCACGCUGCCGAGCUCAGGGCCCCCGCUGAGAGGAAAGCGCCUCCCGAGCUUCAUGGCUUGAACUCCGCGAGGAGUCCAACGUAUCUCCUCUGCCGUCCUUCCUCCUCUCCUACCUCCGUGCAACCCAGCCCCCCCACCCCCCCUCUCUCCGUCUACUCCCUUUGCCAGUACUACCCCCAACCUCCUCCCCCCUCACGCCGGACCAGUGUGAUGGCUCGUUGCUCCACAGGCUCCUUCGGACUCGCGGCCGCAGCAUCCCCCUCCACUGCAGAGACUCGCCCCCGCAGCGGCCACUAGGGCGAACGAACCAGGGUAGGGAAGGGAGAGACAGCAGCACCGCAGGAGAGAGAGAGAGAGAGAGAGAGAGAUCAUCUAUAGUCCCACAGCACGAUCCACCUGUCCCACGGAGGAAGGGCCCCCCGCCCCCCCCCCCAGCCUGAUCCAUCUGGUCGCAGAGGGGGGACCCUGCGUGGCCAGGAAGGCAAACAGGGACUAUGCAGCUGGGACUGUUGGCGCUGGCAAUGGUCUUCGUCAGCUCCGUGGGUCACAGCGAUGCGCUCCGGCUCUCCAAGGGGAGGCGGCAGCGGCGGGUUAGCACCGAGGGGCCGCCAUCCUGCCCCAAGGGCUGUGAGCGAUGCUCCGAGUACAACGGCUGCAUUAAAUGUAGGCCCAAGCUCUUCAUCUUCCUGGAGCGCAACGACAUUCGCCAGAUAGGCGUGUGCCUCGCCUCCUGUCCCGUGGGAUACUUUGGGAUGAGGAACCCAGAAGGCAACAACAGAUGCACCCAAUGUAAAAUAGACAAUUGUGAAGCGUGUUUCAAUCGCAAUUUUUGCACAAAAUGUAAGGAGGGCUUGUAUUCACACAGUGGGCGAUGUUAUGUCAGCUGCCCGCCAGGCCAGCGCACCGCCAACGAGUCCAUGGAGUGUGUUGGUCAACGUCCUGAAGAGUGCAUUCUGGGCGAGUGGAGCCAAUGGGGUUCCUGCACGAAGAAGAACAAAACAUGUGGCUUUAAGAAAGGCUCGCAGUCUCGAGUGCGCGUGUCCUCUCAGGUCCACAGCCCAGACGCCUCCCCGGCCCCCGAGCCCUCGCUCGCCUGUGCCCCGCAGGCCGAGAGUAGGAGGUGCAGCGUGACCAAGACGCCGUGUGCGCGAGACAAGAAGAGCAAGGCGGAUCGACAAGACGACGCAAACAGGCGAGAGCGGGAGAACGCACGCGGGCGAGGGCGCGAAGGCAAAGAAGGCACUAGAGAAAGCGGAGGUGGGGGUGGAGUAGGUGGUGGUGGUGGUGGUGGUGGAGGAGGAGGAGGAGGAGGGGGGAAGAGGCGAAAAGGACAGAGCAGGACCACCACAGCUCCCAGCAUCACCACCAGCUCUCUCAGCUAAACCGCACGGGCCUGCUGGAUGGGGCCGAGAGACGACCAGAGGCAGUGCAUCAUCAGCCCCCCACCCCUGACCCCCCCCCCCCUCGAAGCCACAGGACAAGGCGCAAGGUGACGACGGAAACGGAGUAGUGAACUGGAGCAACUGCUGCAACACAAAAUGGCUUUUGAAUAGACGGACCUAUCUGGAAGAUACUGGCGUCGUGGCGCAGAGACUCAAUGCCUCACUCGCCACCCCCCACCCCCCCCACCCCCCCUUUCAAGGGGGGAACGCUGUUGGACCGCGAAGCUCGUGUGGUGAAGAGCAACCUUUGUCCCAUCUUGAACUAAGAACAGAUCCCUGCGCAGCAUUCGGCCCCGGACGUCUGAUAAGGAAUGAAGGCUCUCUCUGGUCUCCUCUGGUCUUUGAUGUGUUGUGUUCCAAUCACAAUCUGUUCUUCAUUUCUUGUUGUGCUUGUGAGGAGCAGCAGAUGGACUUUCUCCACGUGAUGCAAAGACAAUGAGUAGCAUUGAGGUCGUAUGUACCUUGUUUCCUGUUGUGAGAUGAAACGAAAAAAAGAAAGGCACUGGAAAUCAUUUGUGGUUGUCGAGGACAAAGGGGUCUUCUGCACGGUGUGUUAUUUCAAGGAGGCAAUUUGUAACAAAAGAAGCCAAAGGGAAGAUUUAGGAGAAUUACUGGCUCAUUUUCUUCUCCGUUGUCUUGACACAAACUUUUGUCAUUCGAUAGCUUACUUGUUUUGUUUUCCGGAUUAAAUGUUGCCGUUUGUAUAAGACUCUGCACAUAAAACAAGCAAUAGAAACAUGAGUAUUUGCAUGUGUGCGAAGGGUUGCACGUGCGCGCCUUUGUGCGUGCAAACGUGUGUGCGCGCGUUAGUCUCCACCCAAAGUUCGGGGGGGGGUUUCUACGUCGGGUGCAUCUCUGCACGGAAUCAAGGAACUCAGUUGCUUGUCCGUGUGCGUUUAGGUGUGCACGGAUGUGCUAUUAUCGGUACAUUAUAGAUUGAAGGAAAAGGUCCUGUGCAAAUGCACAGUAAUAUAUAUUUAUAUAUAAAAUGCAGUAAAGAACAAGCCACUGAUUGUCAUAUAAGAGAUCAAAUCAUCAGGCUCUGAGGAUUUUGCACAAACCAUGUUUCCUACUGCUCAAGUUUCAAAACAAUCAAAGCAUUUUACACCUUUGUACUCCCGAAGCUUCAUGACGUUACGGAUGGAGAGAACAUGGUUUUAUCCCUAGGACUCUUUCAAAUGGGUCUGUUUGCUUUACACAAGAUAUUCCUUUUGCGGGUGAGGUUGCACGCUACAUUAUUCAUUCAUACCACGACGGCGAAUGUUUCAAACUGUGUUUAUCAUAAAAGAAUCAUCAUGUAUAGCGUAUUCUGUGAAAGCCUAAAUGAAGAUCAGAUGAAGCCAAUUGGAACUUCAGUCACACACUGAUUUUGCUAUUAGUUUGUUUGAUGAAGUUGAAAUGAUUGCAGUGGAAGGUAUUCUCAGUCUAUGCUAUUGCUACAUAUACACUUCUAUGUAUUCAUAUGUGACGCAUUUUAUCAAGACUGUGUUAUGUUUUGGGUCAUCUUGUUUUACAAUUUGGGUAAUACUUUUAUAUUCUAAUUAUUUCCAUUGGUUUUCGAAAUAUUUCACUUUAUUAAAUGUCCCAUUUUGUAGAAAGUGACGUUCCCACAGUGUUUUAUAUCUGUAUGUGUAUAUUAACGGGACAGCCACUAAAACGCAGCAUUUCAAAGAUUCAAUACGAGUGUAUUCAGACGGACUCUUUGAGAAAAAGAAAUAAAG